CGAAAACCCACCACGAAUUGUCACGUGCAAAGAGCGGAAGAAUGAGUAGAGAAGACUGUAAUGGCCAUUGAUGAGCAUUAAUGGAACAAGUGCUCUCUAUUUAUGACCUCUCUCUCACCUCCAAUGUCUUUGUAGGCCCCACUUUGCCCCUUCUCUCUCUAUCUCUUAAACACUACGCUCUCUCUAAUGGGGUUUCUGGUUCUUUCUUCCUUUGACUUACAACACUAAUUUAAACAUAACCCUCUGCUUAGCAUGUAAUGAAGGGGUUUCUGAAAUUUAAUUGAGUUCAGCCAUGUUUUUUCUCAAGGUUUUUCUGCUCUUCUUGUGUCUAAAUGAAUAUCAUUUUAUCAGGGGGUCUGCAUUGCCUAAUAGAAGAUUGGAUGAUUAUCUUCCCGAGAUUUCUCCGAAUGCAGGUCCUCAGCCGUUUCUUCCAAGUCUCGCACCUUCUCCGUUGCAGCCUUUCACAAAUAGUUCUAUACCAAAAUUAUCAGGACUUUGUACGUUGAACUUCACUGCUGCUGAGAGUCUAAUAAGCAUAACAUCAAUAGAUUGCUGGGCGGUUUUUGCACCACUUUUGGCAAAUGUUAUCUGUUGCCCGCAGUUAAAAGCCACCCUCACAAUUCUAAUUGGUCAAUCCAGUAAAAAGACAAAUGUUCUUGCUUUAAAUGGAACUGAUUCCAAGCACUGUCUUUCAGAUAUUGAGCAAAUUUUGAUGGGUCAGGGCGCUGCCGGUAAUGUUAAGAGAUUAUGCUCUGUCCAUCCGUCAAAUCUCACUGAAGGUUCUUGCCCGGUUAAAGAUGUAAAUGAGUUUGAAAGUACUGUGGACUCAUCUAAGCUUCUUGCGGCCUGUGAGAAGAUUGAUCCCGUAAAAGAAUGUUGUGACCAAGUAUGUCAAAAUGCCAUAUCAGAAGCUGCCACAAGAAUUGCUUUAAAAGCUUCUGAAGUCUUGAGUUUAGAUGAGGCGCAUGGUAUACCUGAGCACUCAACUAGGGUCAAUGAUUGUAAACAUAUUGUUCUCCGGUGGUUGGCAAGUAAACUUGAUUCUUCUCAUGCAAAGGAGGUUCUCAGAGGACUAUCUAAUUGCAACGUCAAUAAAGUUUGCCCUCUGGUUUUCCCUGACAUGAAUCAUGUUGCAAAGGGUUGUGGGAAUGGGAUAAGUAACACUGCUGGGUGCUGUAGUGCCAUGGACAGCUAUGUGUCUCACUUGCAGAAGCAGAGCCUUAUUACAAAUUUGCAAGCUCUGGACUGUGCUACUACUCUCGGAAUGAAGUUACAAAAAUCUAAUAUCACCAGAGAUGUUUACAGCCUUUGUCACAUAAGCCUCAAGGAUUUCUCACUCCAAGUUGCAAAGCAAGAAUCUGGGUGCCUUCUACCAAGUUUGCCUUCUGAUGCAACACUGGACAAGUCUUCAGGGAUAAGCUUCAUUUGUGAUCUAAAUGACAACAUUCCAGCUCCAUGGCCAUCUUCGUCUCAGUUAUCGGCAUCAUCAUGCAACAAAACUCUGAAACUUCCUGCACUUCCAGCAGCUGCAUCUGCCCAAAAUGGGAUUUAUAAUGAAGAUGUAGUGUUUUAUGUACUACUUGGUGCCUCAGCUGCUAUGAUGAUGCUGUUAUAGAUUUGUAGUGAAAUUGAAGCGUACAAGUUCUUGUAGAAUGAAGUUAGUUAUGACACGUGUACUUGGGAGUCAGCAAAUUUUCAACCUAAGGUGAAUUCUAGUUUGUCUCUCCUCUGAUUGUAUUAAUUCAUGAUUCUUGCAUGUUUUCUGUAAUAAUAAUAAUUUUUUUUUUGUAAAGUACAACGAUACAGUAGAAAAAAUCAGAAUAUAAUAUUGUAAUUUCCUAUCUUACCGUGUAUAUUUUUCUAUGUACACAAGUAUUAGAUCAUAAAGAUUCUCCCAUAUAUUUUAUUAACAUAUUUAAUAA